CCUAUAGAAGAGCAAGCGAGAAGCAAUUCGUUAGAAUUAACUAUUAAGCAAUAAAUAGGCGAGGCGAGGCGAGGCGAGCAGAGCGGAUUAGGAUCACAAUGGCGCCCUCCUCCGAUUCCGAUCUCUCCAAACUCCUUCCGCGCGUCCUCAUCGUCUCCCGCCGCUGCGUUCGCAAAAACAAGUUCGUCGAUUUCGUCGGGGAGUACCAUUUGGAUUUGAUCGUGGGAUACGGCGCGGUGCCGGUGAUCGUGCCGCGGGUCGCGGGCGUGCACAUGCUCCUCGAGAGCUUCGAGCCGAUCCACGGCGUGUUGCUGUGUGAGGGAGAGGACAUCGACCCGUCCCACUACGCUGCUGACGCCUCCGGGGGCCUAUCUUCCGAGGAGCUCGACGAGAUCCGCAGCCUGCACGCCAGCGACGCUACCGUCGACCGCGAGAAGGACUCCAUCGAACUCUGUCUCGCCAAGCUCUGCCUCGAGCGCAAUAUUCCCUUUCUCGGCAUCUGCCGCGGUUCGCAGGUCCUCAAUGUGGCUUGCGGCGGAUCCCUGUACCAGGACGUGGAGAAGGAGCUCCACAGGAAGAGCGGUGUCGGGGCCGUCGUCGAGCACAUCAACUACGGCGACUACGAUGGGCACCGGCACGAGGUGAAAGUGGCGGAAGGGACGCCGCUGCACGAGUGGUUUGCAGAAUCACUGAGGCCAGAGGAGAUGACGAUCGCGGUGAACAGCUACCACCACCAGGGGGUGAAGCGGCUGGCGGAGCGGUUCGUGCCGAUGGCGUUCGCGGCGGAUGGUUUGGUGGAGGGUUUCUAUGACCCCGAUGCGUACCAUCCGGACGAGGGCAAAUUCAUCAUGGGCUUGCAGUUUCACCCGGAGCGCAUGCGUCGGCCCGGAUCCGAAGAGUUCGAUUACCCUGGUUGCCCUAAAGCUUAUCAGGAAUUUGUCAAGGCAGUGGUUGCAUAUCAAACGAAGGUCAAUAGCUAUGCAAAUCUGAACCAUGCCCCAAAGAUUAAUCAAGAAUUGGAAAAGAAAAGGAAGAUCAUAAUGAGGAGUUUCUCGCUUGCGAAGAACUUGUAUGCUGCUGGGCUUGAUAUGCCACCAUCGAAAGAGCAAGAUCUUGAAGCUGGAGCUGAAUUCCUUGAGUCAAACAUGGCGUUGAGCUCACAGCAAGAGAUAAGGUUAAAACAAAUGGGUGCAACUGUGAGGAACUCCUCAUCCUAUGCGCAAAAGAUGAAGAUGACCAAGGAGAGAGGAGCGAUGGCCAGGAAGGUAAUGCAAAACAUGGCAGUAGAGCAAUUGGCUGAGUUGCUCUCCUUCUAUGAUAUGAUGGGACAAAUCUGUUCUGAUUUGUUGGAGAAGAAAUUGAAUACCACUCCAUAGAAAAUCUCAUGUUUUUUAUAAUGUCUGCCACAUUGUAACUUGAACUUCAAUGUUCUUGCAAAUCUUUGUUAGAUGUCAUUAUGUUUCCCUCUUCCAGGGGGGCUUGAAAUAUUGCAUG